UCGGCGCCUGGUCGCAGGGGAAUGUGCGUCGUGGAUACGAGCACCAAUCGGCGCCGAGAGCCCAGAUUCGAAAGUUCCUAACGGCUUCUGGCCGGUUUGAAAUGGUGGGAGCGCGAUCUGCUGAUUUUUCAUUGUACAGUAAAUUGGCGAAAGAUAACAACAAGGGAUUGAACACCUCACCCAUUGAAAUAUACUGAUGAAUUGGACAAAACUCAUCAAAUUGAGGCAGGCAUUGAAUUAAUAAAUAAGGUUCUGUUGGCUAGAUUCCCAAAUGGAAUUAUAGAAGAGGAAAUCUUGACAAGUUCUCCCUUUGUCUAUAAUUGAAAGUUCGAGUCAACUGCCUAGACUCGCUCAAGUUUAGAAUAACAAGAUGCAUGUGCAGAAUGAAUGCAAGUUUCCCGUUGUGAAGAGUAUUUGAAGUGAAAAGGAAAGCAAUCAUAUUUUCAGUAUGUCUGUUACACCAUGCAAGAAGGAAGUUCUCACAAUGGACAGAGGAGAAAAAACAACUUGGAAAGCAGUACCUCUUCGCGAGAUUCCAAACGGUACCCCUUUAAAAGAAAUACAUAAAUUUCAGAGUGGUUCGUCAAAUACUCAGUUGGGUACCAAUUCUGUGUCUCCAGCCAAAUUCAGUGAUAUGUCAUUAAAAAAUAAACAACAACCUAAACUUAAUUGUCCACUUCAGUCCACAUUGUUAGACAAAGAAGGGACAUUUAAUGUAAUUUCUCCAGAACUCAGUGACAUAAUAGAUUCUGAUUCAAUCUCAGCCCGUGCAAAUUUAGAACAAAGUUAUAUCAAAUGUCACUUAAAUCCUGUUGGAUUCAAAUUGAGCAAACAAGUAGUCUCCGAGAGUCCUGCCAAAACAUUCCAAAGAAUGAAAGGCAAACUUCACUGUAAUCCGAUAACUGAAAAUCACAAUCUUCAAACAUCGCAAAAAACAACUUUUGGGUUAAAAGAAACUGAACAAUAUUCUGAUGCCUCUAUGAAUGGACACAUCUUAAAAACCACCUUUACAGUCCCCAAUCUGCUGGAUGGAUGCCACAUUUCACACAGGAAGAACCAUGAUUCUGUGAUGCCACAUUCCCCAGCCAAAACUUUCUUACAAAUGAAACAAAAUCUGAACAAUCAAUGCACACCAUUACCUGCACUUAAACCUUCAGGAUGUGAAGUUGGAUUCCCAUAUGGUGACCAAUGUGGAAUAUCAAUUUCAACAAAAGUGUCAAAUAUGCCAAGUACUUAUCAUCCCACAAAAAAUAUAGACUUUCUGCAAAAUAGCAUGAUGAUAUCCAAAGAUGAUCGUGCUUCCAAAAAUGUUGAAAAUUGGAAUUUUCUUUCUCUGAAACUGGAUUCCGAUAAUGGUAAUGAUGGCGAUGAUGAAAGGUCGCAGGACACAGCACAAAACACAGCAAAUUCAGUUUCAAACAGCAUCCUUACCAACUACACAAAAAAAGAAACCCAAGACAUCAUAGAUUUUGGUGCCAUCUCUUUGCAAAAGUUUGCACAGCCUCAUAAAAAUAUGGUGCAAACAAAAUACACAAACUCUGAAGAAGCAAGUAAAGAUAUUGAAGGGUGUAAGGAGCUGUGCACUAUCUUGCUGAGAUCACCAAAGAUCAGUAUACCAAGAAAAGAAGCAGAAGUUGAACUUGCAAAAUCGAGGCCUAACAAUGUUGAUGGUCUUAAAAGCAAAGUGGAAAAAAAGAGGAUUACUCUCACAAAAUGGAUCAUCCAGCAAAUAAAAACCAGCAGUGAAAUUUGUGUUGAAGGAAAAAGAGAUGAAGAUGGAACAUACUGGCAUAGUAAUGUAAUUGCUGAACGAAUAAAUCAGACAGAAGUUAAAUCUAUUACUGGUUCAAUUUAUAUUCUGAAAGGUCCAAUGGAUUACAUUACAAUGAAGAACCAAGGAUUCCCUGGCACUUUCUUAAAACACUUCUUUCAUGGUUUUCCAUUGGAUUGGAAGGAUCGUAUUGAACAACUCCUUGAAAUUAAGAGGGAAAAGUCUAAUGAUCCAGACAUAAUAAAGGAUAAAGGUGCCAGAAUUCAAAAUUUGUCUUCAAUAAAAUUGCUGAAAUCACAAGAUAUAAUCUCGACAUUUGAGAUGGAUGAGACUCCAAAUACCAGGCAAAAGCUGGCUAAAAUAAGGAUGUCAAAGGAAGAGCACAAAAAGUCAAAGUAUGAGAAUGAUUUUAAAAUGUCCAUGGAAACAUCAAUACAAAGGGGCCUGUUGACCAGCCGUAGUGGCCGUUGCAUUAAAGCACCAAUGGAGUAUUGGCGGGGGCAGAGAUUAGUUACCGACAAUAGCUUGAAUGUUACUGUCAUUGAGGGUGGAACUGAUUAUUUGACUUCCUCUGUUCAGAAUACUACAAAAAUGAAUAGCAGAAAUGAAAGUCUCUUGACCUCAAAUCAACAACAAAAACCAAAAAUUCCUGUCGAAGGACCAAUUGGAAGGGAAAAUAAAAAUCAUGUUUUGAGGAUGGAAAGAGAUGCCAAAGGGACGAAAAGUGCAAAUGAGAAGUCAAAAAAACAGCCAGUGAAAUAUAGCCUAAGAAAACAGUCACAGAAGUAUUUGACAAGACAGGCCACCUUAAAAACAGAUGGAAGUACUUCGAAUACUGAAAUAAAAAAAAGCAAAAAGCAUAGUCACUUAAGCCCAAUUGUUGUUUUGACCCCAAUUCGCGAUCCUUAUGCAUUAAGGAACAAAACAAAAUCAGGUGGGGUUUUACACAAUGUUCAGAAAAAGGCCCAGAAAGGAAAUAACUUGGUCAUUGUAAAUACAGCUAAUUCGCCUGAAAUAGUGAAUACAAGUGAGAGUGACAUUUUUGAAAUCAAAUCUAACCAUAGGUCCAUGAAAACAAAACUUCAAGAUACUUACAAAUUUAGAAAUGGAACAGUAAAAUCAAGAAUAUCAUUAAAGGACAUCCAAAACAGCAAGAGUAAAAGAAGAAAUGUAUCUCCAGUUAAAAUGACCAAUUCAUCUAAAAUGGAGGAUAUAAGUGAAAAAUUUGUUUUUGGAAGUCAAACUAAAGGUGGAUACAAACAAGUAAGUCAAACAAAAUCAAUCAAAAAAACUGUCUCAUUGAGUCCAACAGAAGAUGAGACGUUUGAGUCUAAUGAAGGUACCAACAUUAGCAUUAAAAGAAAAUUGAGAAAAAUAAAUCUCAAACAGUCUGUCAAUAAGCAAAACCUAGAACAAGUAAAUAAUCAAAUUAUAUCAACUACGGAAAGUAUUAGUGUCACAGAGUCUUGGUCUGAAGAAUCGUUGGUUCAAGUAGAUACAGCAGAACUAAAUGAUGACAACUUUGGAAGCGAUGUGUCAAAGUGUCAUCAACAAUCUUCAAAAAGAAAACAUAAAAAUCAGUUAAAUAGAAUCCUAUCAUCCAUUGCAAAUGUUUCACAGACUGAAACAAAUGAGGUAGAAGUUAUUGCAAAAAGAAAACCAAAGCAUUCAGCAAGAUCUUCCAAAAAGACAGUACAUAAAAACGCGUCAGCAGCAGAUACAGGCUCAGAAAUGUAUACCGUGUCUGGUCAGAAAGUACAACAAAGAAUAUGUACAUCCCUGCAUCCCAUUGAUGAUACUGAGGCAGAACUCUGGACUAAGAAAGAACUCCACUGUCUGCACAAAGCUGUUGCAGCAUUGCCAAAACAUAAACAUGGUUUCUGGGAAGAUGUUGCAGCAUCUGUUGGUACACGUUCUGCUGAGGAGUGCCAACAAAAAUACCUAUCUGAACAACAGUCUAACUUGUGCAAAAAAUCUGAAGUGAAGCAGAAGAAGAAAAAAUAUUCCAGUAAUAAAAACAAGCAAGAGGAAUCCAGGAAAAUUAUUGCACGGACUGGAACACUGAAAAGAAAGCAGCAAGUAAGAUCCUUCCUGGAACAUAUGCCAAAGGAUGAUCAUGAAGACCUUUUCAAUGAUACAGAAUUACAGCAUAAAAGAAUAAAGCUUCCAAGCUUUUCGGGCAGCCAAGAAGAUAGUGGUGAUUUUUUCAAACUUCAGACAAAUCCAACUACUCCAUCUUCACUCAUCUUUCCUACAGCAAAAACGCCACAGUGGAAUCACAUCAGUCCUCGAAUGUUAGCUCCCACUGAUGGUGCAAGUAAUGACAAAUAUGUCUUUCAAUUACAAAAAAAAUCCAAGAUGAAGAAUUGGUCCAAAGUCAAGAAGAAAUCGAAACAAACAUUUUUAAUGACACCGUACAGAUUUAAAUCAUCACAUUUAACAGAAGGCCCACAGAAGUCCAAAAUAACUCAGCUAUUCCAGGAUAGAAAAAACCUUCAAUCAGACGAUGACAAAGAGGAUGAAGAUUAUUACUUUUCAAACUCUGAAUAGAUUUUAAUUUGUAAUAAAGUUAAAAUACCUGAAUUCAGAGUACCUAGUUUGUUGAUAAGGACUCUGAAAUGUAGUUAUAUAUGGAUACUGGAAUUUGAUUUGUUGUUGCUCUUGUUGAUGGUUUUUAAAUAGUGAAAAUGUAUAUAAAAUGUAUGAAAAUUCAAUCAGCAAAUUUUAAUUGUUUUGUAUCAAGUUUAAGCUAUAAACGAAGUAUGAUAUCAUCGCCAACAUAACAGUUGUUCCUAAGCUUGUACUUAGUUUCUGAUUUAUCUAUCUUGAUUGCUUUUAAUUUGUUUGCUUCAAUGUUCCAUUAAUGUGCUAACCAUUGGGAUUCCUCUAGUUUAAUUAGAAUUUGUGGCCUGACUCUUGUAAUAUAUUAUGUGAUGAACUGUUACUGCAGCGUUGGGGCUUAACUUGUUAUAUUUACAGAGGAGGUGUUUGCUUUGGGCAAGAUUAAUAACACGAUUCUACACCUACAGCCUUUGUAAUCUGUUAAUAUUUCUUGAGUGUGAAUAGGAGAAUAUUCCAGGUCCUGUACUCCUGGUGGUUCUCCAGUGACUUAAUAUGAGUGUGCUGAAAAUAUGUAGCAUGUAGUUGAUAGUGGAGUAUCACAUAGCACUCUGCCCCCGUGGAAUACAUAUUCUGAUGGUGUAUGCUGUUCCAUUCACUCAGGCAAUCGUUAUUGAUUUUUUUUUAGUUAAGAACAAAGAAACAUACUAUAGGAACAGGCUUCAGUAUUUCUCCCACAAUAAAGAAAUGCAGAUAGUUGAAUGGAGGGACAUAUCUUCUCAAAGUUUUGUUUUUGUUUCAUUCAUCAUGCAAAACAAACCUAAGGUUAGUUAUUUUAAAUUGUUUUCAUUUUUUUUAUUCAUGACUUGAUACUCAUAGAUUUAAUGGAGGAAGCUAAUUGAGAGGGAGGUUACUCAUGAAAAUAUAACCCUUGUUUUUUUUCUUCAAAUUAAGUUGAAACAAAUGGUUAUUAAUUUACUGUUUGGCUUCUUUUUAAAAAAAACUUAAGGAAAUUGCAUUACACAAAACAUGUGUGCCGCACCCACAAUAGAUUAUCCUAGUUGUAUGUCUUCACUGUGUACAAUAUUGAGAGAAACACUUAUCCUUCCAUUUACUGAAUGUUACUGUCACUGGAAGGCUCCAAGCAGAUACUAAGCAACAAUUUGCAAUUACAAUAAUUGCUCUAAAGCAUGUUGAGCCUCUCUCUGUUAGAAAUACUAUAUAGCAUAACUGCACAUGGAAAAUGCAAAUAGAUAACAAAUCUUGAACAAAUUAUACUAUUAAGACUAACAACAUAAGGAUAUUCUGGUCAUGGUCCUGAUGUCAAUUCACAUUAAACCAGUUAAAAUUGGUCUUAAGGCCUAUUAUUUUAAUGUUUACUAUUCCACGGAAGCCCAAAAUUUAGCCAACAUAUUUACAGUAUAAAUAGUCUUUAAGUUUGCACAGCAAUAGCAAAUGCACAUCACUUUAACUAUUGUACAUAAAUUUCUUACAUAUAAGGCACCCUGAAUUCAGCAAAACUAAGCCUCCUACAUCGAUAAUCCUUGUAGAAUCUUUGGGCAAAUCACUAACUUUGACAGUAAAAACUUGUUAGGAGUUAUAGAAGGGAGUUGAAUGGACAUCUGUUUAUUGGGAUGGAAGAUCAUCGAAAGGGAAGUACUACGUCAAUUUUCCCCUCAGGUAAAAGGGGUAAAAACUAAAUAGUUUUUAAUGUAGGGAUCAACAGAGGGAACCAGUUAUGAUUAAUGAAUCCAUCUUGGGCUCUGCAUGAUUCAGAAUCAGGAAUAAAAAUACUUUAUUUUUACUUGUUUCUGAGUUGUAUAGAUUUCAGAAGGAGGCAAUGGCUGCCCUGAAUUACAAAUGAUGGACUAGGAACCUUUGCUUAAAUAUAUCAGGUAAGGUACCUGGUUGUAGGUUUUCUUCUGCAAGCUGUUUUUAAAUAUUUUUAUAUUUGCCAAUUAUUUCCAGAAUUGACGUAUAGAGAAAAUUGGUCUAAGCAAAUAUACACCCUUACCCUAUCAAACAAAAUGUGAAAUCAGCAUUUCAUUCACUUAGUGACUGAAGAGGAAAAUACUUUGACCUAAAAGUUGUUCUAUAACAAAAAUGGUAGUUUGACUCUGUCUUUUAAUUUUGACAUAGAAAUAAAAACUACUUUUGGGUACUCAUCUUUGUCAGCUCAUCCUAAAAAUCUUGGUUUAUCUUUGAAUGAGAUUCUUGAAUUUGAGGAAAGGAACAAUUACAGUCCAGGAGCCUAUUUAUAAAGUGAACUUCCUUUAAAGAGUACAUAGGAAUCCUACUAGCUUUUCAGUCUCUCGUAAGUACCAUGCUUGUAAGUAGUUUCUCUGUAUCUUUGUGUAUUUCUGCAAAUAAAUGUAGAAUAAGAA